AAUAAGAAAGAAAAAAAAAAACAGUCUCGAUGCGGCCAACAACAGAAAGAAGGAAAAGGAAAGCACUUCAGGCAAUGAAUGAUUUGCGCGCUCUUUCCCACCUCCUCAUAACUUAAAUCGGCUCAUCUUCCCUCUUGUUGCCUCUCACUUCUUUUCCUUCUCCCUUCCACAUCAACCAUCGUUCCGUUCCACAACACUCGUCUUCGUGCUCCGCGUCGAUCACUUCGUUGAUACCCCCUCUUGUUUGCCUCCCAUCGCUUCUUUGAUCUAUCCUCAUUCUUUGCGCGUGCCAGCUCUCUAUCACUUCAAAAUGAAGACUUUCUCGCUUUCCAUGGUGCUGUUGGCUGCUGCCAACCUUGCCAAUGCUGCUAUCUCCGUCAGCGACUGCGCACAAAUGUGCGUCAACAACAUGAACAACAAGGCUUCCGAGUUGGGUUGCUCUAGCGGCGAUCUCAGCUGCUUGUGUAACAACGUCAACUACAGCUAUGGUAUCCGCGACUGCACUGCGCAGGCCUGCCCUGGUGACAACGCUGCCGCUGUGCUGUCCACGGCUCUGGCUUCCUGCCCUAGCUCGACUAGCGGCUCUAGCUCGGGCUCGUCGGCCACCGGAACUGCUUCUGGCACUGCCUCUGGAACCACCACUGGCGUUGCGGGCGUCUCGACCAACUCUGCUUCGACCUCCAGUGGCAGCGGUACCACCAGCGGUACCUCCAGCGGCACGGGUGCGGCUACCACCACCACCGUGACUACUGGAACCAACUCUGGUACCACCAGUGGCGCAUCCACUACUUCUGCUGGAACUACCAAGACCACCAUCACUAGUGCCAUCACCAGCACGACGCUGAGCACUGCUACUCUCAGCAGCACUGGUUCUUCGGCUUCUGGCACCGGUUCUUCUUCCACCGGCAGCUCCGGUAGCGGCUCUUCUGGUAGCUCCUCCACUGGCACCGGCACUGCCCCCGCAAGCUCUUCGACCUCCACCGGCGCUGCCUCUCAGUUGAACGUCGCUGGCAGCGGUGCUCUCGGUGCUUUCGGACUUGCUGCCAUGCUUCUCAUCUAAAUGAACGAUUACGAUAGGUUGGUCGCUUAAUCUUGGCUGCGGUCGCGUCCAGCAUCGAAGCACAACUUUGACUCGGGUGUAUCUCACUAUUACGGUUUAUGACUUGUGAUGUUUCUAAUGCGGCUUGUAUAUUCUAAUAU